AUGGAGGAGGAUGAGAUGGAGGAGAAGAUGGAAGAGGUGCAGCACUCAUCACAUCUUCAGAGUCACCAGAGAAUACACACCGGCGAGAAGCCAUUCCUGUGCCCUGUGUGUGGAAAGGCAUUUGCACACUCGUCAACUUGUCAAGACCAUCAGAGAACACAUACGGGCAAGAAGCCAUUCAAUUGCUCUGUAUGUGGGAAGACAUUUUCACGGCCAUCAGAUCUUCAGAUUCACCAGAGAACACACACGGGCGAUAAGCCAUUCCUGUGCCCUUUGUGUGGGAAGACAUUUGCACACUCGUCAACUCUUCAAAACCAUCAGAGAACACACACGGGUGAGAAGACGUUCUUGUGCCCUGUGUGUGGGAAGACAUUUGCACACUCAUCAACUCUUCAAACUCACCAGAGAACACACACCGGUGAGAAGCCGUUCUUGUGCCCUGUGUGUGGGAAGACAUUUGCACAAUCAUCAAAUCUUCAAGCUCAUGAGAAAACACACACGGGCGAGAAGCCAUUCCUGUGCUCUGUGUGUGGGAAGACAUUUUCACACCCAUCAAAUCUUCAAGCUCAUGAGAAAACACACACGGGCCAGAAGCCAUUCUUGUGCUCUGUGUGUGGGAAGACAUUUGCACAGUCAUCACAUCUUCAGAGUCACCAGAGAACACACACGGGCGAGAAGCCGUUUCUGUGCUCUGUGUGUGGGAAGACAUUUGCACACUCAUCACAUCUUCAGAGUCACCAGAGAACACACACCGGCGAGAAGCCAUUCCUGUGCCCUGUGUGUGGAAAGGCAUUUGCACACUCGUCAACUUGUCAAGACCAUCAGAGAACACAUACGGGCAAGAAGCCAUUCCUGUGCUCUGUGUGUAGGAAGACAUUUGCAAAGUCAUCACAUCUUCAAAGUCACCAGAGAACACACACGGGUGAGAAGCCAUUCUUGUGCUCUGUGUGUGGGAAGGCAUUUGCACGGUCAUCAACCAUGAACAUUCACCAGAGAACACACACGGGCGAGAAGCCAUUCCUGUGCCCUGUGUGUGGGAAGACAUUUGCAAGGUCAUCACAUCUUCAGAUUCAUCAGAGAACACACACGGGCGAGAAGCCAUUCCUGUGCCCUGUGUGUGGGAAGAAAUUUGCAAACUCAUCACAUCUUCAGAGUCAUCAGAGAACACACACGGGCGAGAAGCCAUUCCUGUGCUCUGUGUGUGGGAAGGCAUUUGCACAGUCAUCACAUCUUCAGAUUCAUCAGAGAGCACACACGGGCGAGAAGCCAUUCCUGUGCCCUGUGUGUGGGAAGACAUUUGCAAGGUCAUCACAUCUUCAGAUUCAUCGGAGAACACACACGGGCGAGAAGCCAUUCCUGUGCCCUGUGUGUGGAAAGAAAUUUGCAAACUCAUCACAUCUUCAGAGUCAUCAGAGAACACACACGGGCGAGAAGCCAUUCCUGUGCUCUGUGUGUGGGAAGGCAUUUGCACAGUCAUCACAUCUUCAGAUUCAUCAGAGAGCACACACGGGCGAGAAGCCAUUCCAGUGCCCUGUGUGUGGGAAGGCAUUUUCACAGUCGUCAAAUCUUAACACGCAUCAAAAGAGAACACACACGGGCGAGAAGCCAUUCCUGUGCCCUGUGUGUGGGAAGACAUUUGCAGACUCAUCAACUCUUCAAACUCAUCAGAGAACACACACAGUCGAGAAGCCGUUCCUGUGCUCUGUGUGUGGGAAGACAUUUGCACACAAGUCACACAUCAACAGGCAUCAGAAGGUCCACAAUGGCAAGAAGCCAUUCAAUUGCUCUGUGUGUGGGAAGUCCUUUUCACGGUCAUCACAUCUUAAGAGACACCAGAGAACACACACGGGCGAGAAGCCAUUCCUGUGCCCUGUGUGUGGGAAGACAUUUGCACGGUCAUCACAUCUUCAGAGUCACCAGAGAACACACACGGGCGAGAAGCCGUUUCUGUGCUCUGUGUGUGGGAAGACAUUUGCACACUCAUCACAUCUUCAGAGUCACCAGAGAACACACACCGGCGAGAAGCCAUUCCUGUGCCCUGUGUGUGGAAAGGCAUUUGCAGACUCAUCAACUCUUCAAACUCAUCAGAGAACACACAUGGGCGAGAAGCCAUUCCUGUGCCCUGUGUGUGGGAAGGCAUUUGCACACUCAUCAACUCUUCAAGAUCAUAAGAGAACACACACGGGCGAGAAACCAUUCCUGUGCUCUGUGUGUGUGUGUGGGAAGGCAUUUGCACGGCAAUCAAGUCUUCAGAGACACCAGAGAACACACACGGGCGAGAAGCCAUUCCUGUGCCCUGUGUGCGGGAAGGCAUUUGCACGAUCGUCAACUCUUCAAACUCAUCAGAGAACGCACACGGGCGAGAAGCCAUUCCUGUGCCCUGUGUGUGGGAAGGCAUUUGCACGGUCAUCAACUCUUCAAACUCAUCAGAGAACGCACACGGGCGAGAAGCCAUUCCUGUGUCCUGUGUGUGGGAAGGCAUUUGCACGGUCAUCAACUCUUCAAACUCAUCAGAGAAUGCACACGGGCGAGAAGCCAUUCCUGUGCCCUGUGUGUGGGAAGGCAUUUGCAGACUCAUCAACUCUUCAUAGUCAUCAGAGAACACACACGGGCGAGAAGCCAUUCCUGUGCCCUGUGUGUGGGAAGGCAUUUGCAGACUUAUCAACUCUUAAUAGUCAUCAGAGAACACACACGGGCGAGAAGCCAUUCCUGUGCUCUGUGUGUGGGAAGAAAUUUGCACACUCA